GCCAAGAUAAACUUAGUUUUACCAAAAACGUAAUCCCAAAUCCCCAAUCAUACUCUACUCCAUGAAGAAGGAAACAAGCGGCCCAGUUCUCCGGCCAUUCCCCGCCGGCGGUCGAUUUCAAUCUCAAUUCUCUUCUCCUGGGACUUCUCCGUUCGCUGCUUCAACGAACUUCGGCUUCUCUUCCGGAUCCUCAACCUUUCUCCAAAACCACGAUGAUCAUCAUCAUAACCACCAUCGAUCCGCUUCUCCCACUCGUGUCAACAUUUCUUCCACUCCCCUGUCUCGCUCUGUUCGAUUUUCCAUUGGUCACCGAUCCGGCUCGCCCAAACUUUCCAACCGGAACUCGCCGGUUUCUCUACCGAAAAAGCCGUGCAUGUGUUCGCCGACGACUCACCCCGGUUCCUUCCGGUGCAGUCUACAUAAAAAGUCGGGAAGUGGCAUUCACCAGCAUCAGGCGUCGUCGUCGGCGUAUUCAUCGACCGGUUUGAACAUGAGGCGGUCUGCGAUGACGAACUCACUGGUGAGAAUCGGUGGGGUUGAAGGAGACUGGGUUAAGCGAGCGUUGACUGCUUUGAUUCGACCCUCUUCACACCAGUUGAGAAGAAGAGCCAAUUUUCGGCCGCAGCCCAGCCGGCUUUCGGUCAUGUCGAAGGCUGAGUGAUUAGUUUGAUUGAUUUUCGGCGGAUAUAAGUGAAAUCAAAUCCUAGUAAAUUUUGUGGAUGGCGUGAAUUAGAUUGUACAAAGUUAGAUAUAAGAAAUGCAAUUGUGAAUACACAUUUCUUAAACCGAAAUCAAAAUCGAACUGUGCUUCGAUCGAUUGAAUCCUAUAUUCCGGUAGCCUGUAGGCGUUAUUUUAACAUGUGGUGAUUGCCGUUGGUUCUGGGUAUAUGCUAAACUAAUUGAUUUCUUCAUCCAUUUAUUCAAACAACUAUUUUGAAUGAA